UUGAUUUACACGCAAAAUAUACUUGAAAUGAUAUGAUAAAGUUCCACUUCUUCUUAUAAAAUACAUUUAUUACUAUUUUCAUUUAAGAUUGUUAAAAUUUAUAUCAGAGCAUAAUUUAUUCAUCAGCGAAAUUUUUUAACUUCACAUUAUCGUUACAUCACUUCUCAAUUUUUAUUUAUACUGUAAAAGUGUAACGCCUACAAAGUGUUCAAAGUAUGAAAAAUGAAAAAGAUGAAAAAAUACACGAAAAGUGCCUUCUACAAGCAAUCGAUGAAUUAGGAAGAGGUUCAAAAUUACUUUGGAUUGUUUUUCUUCUCAAUGUCAUAAGUUCAAUAGUGAACGCACUACAUACGAUGUCAUAUCUCUUCAUAGCUGAGAUACCUGAACAUUGGUGUUAUAUUCCAGAACUGUUAGAUGCUAACUGGACAAGCGAGCAAAUACAAAAUAUUUCAACAGUAGACAAAUGCUUGAAAUAUGAUUACAAUUAUGCAUAUCUUGCCCAUUUAGGCUAUGAAAAUGCCGUAAAGCAUGUUGAAGACUCGAAAUUUAACACUAGUCUUGUUCCUUGUUCUUCUUUCGUUUUUGAUGAAAGUGGAAAAUCAACGAUUGUAAAUGAAUGGAGCUUGAUUUGUGAUCGAAAAUUAUACCGCGCAAAUACCUAUUUUGUAUAUUCAUUUGGAAAGCUCUUGGGUACCGGAGUCUUUGGAGUAUUCGCAGAUAAAUAUGGACGAUUGAAAGCAAUAAUAAUAGGAUUGGUUCUACAAAUGAUUGCCGUACCUUUAACUUCAGUUGUGCCAUGGUUAUCGGGGUAUAUUUUAUGUGAAUUAUUAAUUGGACUUAGUGUUUCAACAAUUUAUUCAUCGGGAUACACAAUAAUGUCGGAAAUUGCUAAUGAGAAAAAAAUGAAGGUGUUGGGAACUAUAGUAGAUAUUAACUGGUCGGUAGGAACUUGUUUGCUCAUAGUUAUCUCUUUCUACGUAACAGACUGGCGAAACUUGCAGAUUAUAUUAUCGUUGUUUACUAUUCCAACAAUUGUUCUUAUUUGGUUCGUAGACGAGUCACCUCGCUGGCUCAUAUCACAAUCUCGUCAUGAUGAAGCCCAAAAAAUAUUAGAAAAGUAUUGUGAAGUCGCCAUUACACCGGCUUUGAUAACAGCAAGUAUACCACUCACUUCUAUACCAAUGGAACCCUCUAUAACUAAAGAAAAGUAUCAACCAAGUUGUAUGGAACGUUAUCUAGGAAAUAUAGGAAUUCUUUUUGCAGAUCCGAUUUACAGGAAAAAGAUACUUAUAAUGUACUUUUCGUUUUUUGUAUGUGUGAUGGUCAGCUUUUAUCUAGUUUUCAAUAUUGAUAAUUUCAAAAUAAAUCGUUACGUUUUCGUGACAGCAUCAGCAAUUACAGAAACGCUUUCUCUUCUUUUAGUUUUAGUAAUUUUAAAAUUUUUAAGUAGUCAGAAAACAACUAUUAUUCUUUAUUGGAUCGCAUCGAUUUGCAUGCUAUCAAUGAUUAUUAUUCCCAAAGACAAUGUAUAUUUGAUUAUUGGACUGACAGUGAUAUCUAAAUUUUGUUUAAGUUCUACAUUUACAACAAAUAUGUUAUUUUCUUUGAAAUUAUUUCCAUCAAGUGUAAGAAACUCAGCUUUAGGGACCUGUUUAUUGAUGUCUCAAAUAGGAUCAAUGUCAUCGCCAUAUUUGGUUGAUUUUUUGGGCCAAGUUGCACCGUGGUCUCCAACUGUGCUCUGUGGUGGUACACUUUUUAUUGCAGGACUUCUAUGCUGCAUUGUUCCAGUUUAAACAAUAAAUUGUA